GACCGUGUUUGUUUCUUCAUCCGAAGUAUGGGAUCGAGGGAAUCAUACGUUCCUUUAUUACCAUGGAGUGAUUCUCAAAGAGUUCUUUGUGAAUUGGCUGUUUUUGUGACUGCAAAUCAGUUUUUCUUUCUUUUCUCUUACUCAAGGCUCUUUUGGCAGUCAUUUCAUUGUCUCUUUCAGUAUUACAAAACGGUUCAACAAUCACUUUCUCGGUUUCUCUCUUCCUUUGUUUGUUCAACCACAAACAAUCUUAUUGUUCAUACCGAUUGAUAAUAAAUUCGAGAAUAAUCCUCCUUCCUAGACCUACAUAAACUAUUGCAUCAUCGCAACUUUAAUCGAUUUCUCUUCUUCAAUCCAUACACCAACUCAAACUCAGCCCCCUUUACCUCAAAUCAGAUUACCUCGACAAAUCAUCAUUCAUUAUGUUGUUCAAGGCAAUCCAACUCACACUCUUCUCAGCCUUCGCCGUUGCGUCGCCGAUUGCUUCGAACAGCCUCAUACUUGGACGUGCCACUGGAGCCGAAACCAUAGUUGGCGGAAUCUCCAGCGCCUUAACCGACUGCAGUACCGCACCUUUUCCAGCUGAGUGCGCAACUCUUGCUCAGGCAGCCAAGGGUAUUGCUAUAGCUUGCGGCAGCGGAGAGUUUACCGCUGGGGAAAUAGGUGCUAUGAUCGCCCUCAUGUCGUUUGAAAGCGUGAAUUUCCAAUACAACAUUAACCAUACCCCCGGUCGACCAGGCCAGGGAACAAAAAAUAUGCAAAUGGCGAAAUACAAUCUCCAGUACGCGCAAUCUAUUCCCGCCCUCAAAGAGCCUCUCGCAAAGAUCACCACAGCUACCACUGUUGAUGGCUUGUCGGACGACAAGUUGAACGAUAUUCGAGCUUUAGUUCUCGUUGACGAAUACACGUGGGGAAGCACGCCAUGGUUUUUGAAGACUUUCUGUGAUGAUGCUCGAAAAUCUCUCAGAACAGGCACCGUACAAGGAUGGCAAGCAUAUAUGACGUGCGUUGGAGUAGAUCCUACUGAUCCUGCGCGAUUGGCCUACUGGACCAAAGCCAAGGCCUCGAUGGGAUUUUAAGAGGACAGCUUUUCCGCAGCGCGGAGAUGCGAGACGAUUUUCACAUUCUUCUUCUUCUUCUUCUUCUUCUUUGUACAUAAUACAUUUCUUUUUUCUACAUGAUACCAUUUUUUUCACUUGUGGGUUUCUGGCAGACUCACAUAAUUAGCUAGAUAUUACAUGAAUAGGCAAAUAUCACGCGUGAUCUUACAUGCAAUUCUUUACUUUUAUGUGCUUGUCUUUAUUCCUACA